AUGUCCAUCCUCACCCCACGAUGCCGGCCGAUGGCGAAAUGGGCAACCUUGUCGAGUCGGCCGACGCUCUGUCCUUUCCCAUCCGUUUCCCUGUUCCCGCCCGCGUUGUCGCCUUUGCCCGGCAUGCCGACAGCCAUGGCCGCCACCGUCAGCCGUGACGCCGGAGCGCACGGGUCCUGGCUGGGUGCCAAAGGCCCAGGCUCCUUCGACCUGAGAAGCGACGUCGUGACCACGCCGACGCCAUCGAUGCUUGCCGCCAUCCAGUCCUGCAGCCUUCUGGAUGAUGUUUUCCGGGAAGAUCCGACGACGGCCGACCUCGAGUCCCACGUGGCCGCCUUGGCCGGAAAGGAGGCCGGCUUGUUCGUGCUCUCCGGUACCAUGGGGAACCAGCUUGCGCUGCGGAGUCUCUUGCUUCAGCCUCCGCACGGCGUCUUGUGCGACCAUCGGUCCCACAUUGUCCAGUACGAGGCCGGCGGUGUCUCAUCCCUGACCGGUGCCACCGUGAAGCCCGUCGUGUCGAGCAACGGCAUCCACCUGACGCUCGAGGACGUGGCCGCCAGCGUCGCUCUGGGCGACGACGUCCAUUCAUGCCCCACAAAGGUCAUCAGUCUCGAGAACACGCUCAACGGCAUGGUGAUGCCGCUGAGCGAGGUGCGGCGCAUCGCCGCCUUCGCGAGGGAGCACGACAUCAAGAUGCACUGCGACGGCGCGAGGCUGUGGGAGGCCGUCGUCGCCGGCGCCGGCACCUUGCCCGACUUUUGCUCCCACUUCGACACCGUCAGCCUUUGCCUCUCCAAGGGGCUCGGCGCGCCCGUCGGAAGCCUCCUGGUGGGACCCCGAGCGACGCUGAAGCACGCGAGAUGGGUUCGCAAGUCCAUCGGGGGCGGCUUGCGCCAAUCGGGCGUCGUCGCCGCCGCCGCUCGCGUUGCCGUCGACGAGACCUUUGGCAAGUCCCCCGACGGUCGGGACGGCUUGCUGGGGGACUCUCACGGGAUGGCGAAGAGGGUCGAGGCUCUGUGGACGAGCCUGGGCGGCGAGCUCGUCCAUCCGGCUCACACCAACAUGUGCUGGCUCGAUCUGGACGCCGCCUCCUGCAGCGAGGACCGCUUCGUCGAGCUGAACGAGGCAGCUGGCUUAAAGGUCAUGGGCGGCCGCCUCGUCACCCAUUAUCAGGUCGCCCAGAAUGGAGACGAGGUCCUUCGACGGCUCGAGCGCGUCUUCAAACAGGUCUUUGCAGGGACCAAGGGGGCGGAGCCAAGUCGGCCAGGAGCAAGAUCCAUCUAUCGAGCACAAUGA